GUGAAAAUAAUGACAUGGGUCCUAUUCCAACUUCAACCAACAAAAUUUAAUGAGAAGUAAAUAGACAUUCAUAUUGUCCUCUCAAUGUGUAAUAUAAUGGUACUGUCAACUAACGUUUGAAUCCAAACAUAUUGGGACUCGGAAUACGAGGAAACAUGUUACAUAUUUUAUUCACUCUUUUAAUCCUUUACAUGAUCAAAAUCGGUAGUGCUUCUAUGUACACAAUUACAUCCUCUCAUUUGAUCAAAGAUUCUGAAACUAUAAGCUCAAGUGAUGAUGCAUUCAAGCUUGGAUUCUUCAGCCCCGUGAACACAACAAAUCGCUACGUUGGAAUCUGGUAUCUCGAUCAAUCCAACAUCAUAUGGGUAGCCAACCGAGAAAAACCAAUACAAGAUUCUUCAGGAGUUAUCACCAUAGCUGAUGACAACACAAACCUUGUAGUAUUAGAUGGACAAAAACAUGUUGUAUGGUCAUCAAAUGUCUCAAGUAAUUUGGCAUCCUCAAAUUCUAAUGUCACUGCUCAACUUCAAAAUGAAGGAAAUCUUGUUUUGCUUGAAGACAAUAUCAUAAUAUGGGAGAGUAUCAAGCAUCCAUCAAAUACUUUCAUAGGAAAUAUGAUAAUUAGCAGCAACCAAAAAACAGGUGAAAGAGUAAAACUCACUUCAUGGAAAACUCCUUCAGAUCCAGCUAUUGGGAAAUUCUCUGCUAGCAUUGAGCGCUUCAAUGCUCCUGAAAUUUUUGUAUGGAACCAAACAAAUCCAUGUUGGCGCUCAGGUCCAUGGAAUGGUCAAGAUUUUCUUGGUUGGACACAUGAUUAUAAGGUUUCUUCUUCUCCAUAUCUAUUAGGUGUCAGCAUUACAAGGAAAGAUAAUGGAAGUCUUGUUGAGUUUACAUAUACAUUGCCAGAUAGUUCAUUCUUUUUAACCCUUGUACUGAGUUCUGAAGGCAAGGUAGUGUAUACUGCAUGGAUGAAUAGGGUUCAAGUUCGGAAGCUGUUUGUUCAAUCAAAUGAUUGUGAUUCUUAUGGUAUUUGUGGUCCUAAUGGAAGCUGUGAUUUGAAAAUUUCUCCAAUUUGUACUUGUUUGAUAGGUUUUAAGCCAAGAAAUAUGGACAAAUGGAAUAGACGAAAUUGGACAAGUGGGUGUGUGAGAAGGGCAGAACUACAGUGUGACAGGGUGAAGUACAGUGGGAGUGCAUUAGGUGAAGAAGACGGAUUUCUAAAACUACCGAUGACAAAACCACCGGAUUUUGUAGAGCCAUCAUAUGUUCUUUCUCUUGACGAAUGUAGAAUUCAUUGCUUGAAUAAUUGUUCUUGUGUUGCUUAUGCAUUUGAUUAUGGAAUUAGGUGCUUGACUUGGAGUGGUAAAUUAAUUGACAUAGUCAGGUUUUCAACUAGUGGAGGCGUCGAUCUUUACUUACGCCAAGCUUAUUCAGAACUCGCUAUACAUACAGAUGGGACUCAUACAGAUGGCAUUCAUGGGAAGAGAAAUAUUACAUCAAUCAUUAUAGCUACUGUGAUAGUGGGAGCAGUAAUAGUUGCUAUUUGUGCUUUUUUCUUUCGGUCAUGGACGUCUAAACGUCAAGGGCAAAUCAAUCAUGAAAACCAAAGUGCAGAUCUAAUUGCAAAUGUGAAACAAGCUAAAAUAGAAGACCUUCCUUUAUUCGAGUUCAAAAAUAUUUUAUCAGCAACAAAUAACUUUGGUUCAGCUAAUAAGAUUGGUCAAGGUGGUUUUGGUUCAGUGUACAAGGGGGAAUUGUUAGAUGGACAAGAAAUAGCCGUGAAAAGACUUUCAGAAGGUUCAACACAAGGGUUAGAAGAAUUUAUGAACGAAGUGAUUGUGAUUUCAAAGCUUCAACAUCGCAAUCUUGUAAGACUUCUAGGUUGUUGCAUCGAAGGGGAAGAAAAAAUGUUGGUCUAUGAAUACAUGCCGAAUAAUAGUUUAGAUUUUUACCUAUUUGACUCCGUAAAAAAGAAGAUUUUAGAUUGGCAAAGACGCUUACACAUAAUUGAGGGAAUCUCUCGAGGAUUGCUUUAUCUUCAUCGAGAUUCAAGAUUAAGAAUAAUACAUAGAGACCUUAAGCCCGGUAAUAUCUUGUUGGAUGGAGAAAUGAAUCCAAAAAUAUCUGACUUUGGCAUGGCCAAAAUUUUUGGAGGCAAUGAAAACGAGGGCAAUACAAGAAGGAUUUUCGGAACAUAUGGAUAUAUGUCUCCAGAAUAUGCAAUGAAAGGGUUGUUUUCAGAGAAAUCAGAUAUUUUUAGUUUUGGAGUUUUGCUCUUGGAGAUAAUAAGUGGUAGAAAAAACACAAGUUUUCAUAAUCAUGAGCAAGCACUCACCCUCUUAGAAUAUGCAUGGAAAAUAUGGAUUGAAGAGAACAUUGUAUCUUUGAUAGAUCUAGAAAUAUGUAAGCCUGAUUGUCUGGAUCAGAUUUUGAGAUGCAUACAUAUUGGACUUCUCUGUGUGCAAGAAAUUGCAAAGGAGAGACCUACUAUGGCCGCAGUUGUUUCAAUGCUUAAUAGUGAGAUUGUUAAACUUCCUCCUCCAUCUCAACCGGCAUUCCUUCUAAGUCAGACUGAGCAUAGAGGAAAUCACAACUCGAAAAACAGUGUCUCCACCACAAGCUUGCAAGGCAGAACCGUUGAAAUUCAAGUGUUUGCGGUUCUUCUCAGGACAUGCCCCGUUCCCGUGCCUGAAGCCCCCAAUGCUGCUUUGCUGAUUGGGGGUGGGUCCAAAUAUUUAUUGUACACGGAAGUACAAGGAAACAUGUUACCUGUUUUACUUACACUCUCUAUCAUUUACAUGACCAACAGUGGCACUAGUGCUUCUGUGAACACAAUUACAUUGCCUCAAUUGAUCAAAGAAAAUGAAACAAUAAGUUCUAACAACGAAGCAUUCAAGCUUGGAUUCUUCAGCCCGGUGAACACAACAAAUCGCUACGUAGGAAUCUGGUAUAUCAAUCAAUCUAACAUCAUAUGGAUAGCCAAUAGAGAAAAACCACUACAAGAUUCUUCUGGGGUUAUCACAAUAUCUCAUGAUUACACCAACCUUGUAGUACUGAAUGGACAAAAGCAUGUUAUAUGGUCAUCAAAUGUCUCAAGUAAUUUGGCAUCAUCAAAUUCUAAUGUCACUGCUCAGCUACAAAAUGAUGGAAAUCUUGCUUUGCUUGAAAACACUACAGGCAACAUAAUAUGGGAGAGUGGCAAGCAUCCAUCAAAUGCUUUCAUUGCAAAUAUGAUACUUAGCAGCAACCAAAAAACAGGUGAAAGAGUAAAAGCCACUUCAUGGAAAACUCCUUCAGCUCCAGCUAUUGGGAAAUUCUCUGCUACCAUUGAGCGUUUCAAUGCUCCUGAAAUUUUUGUAUGGAACCAAACAAAACCGUAUUGGCGCUCAGGUCCAUGGAAUGGUCAAGAUUUUCUUGGUUUGGCAAGUAAUUGGUUGCCUACUUCUGCAAAUCUAAAAGGGUUUAUCAUUAGAAGGGAAGAUAAUGGAAGUCUUGUUGAGAUUACAUAUACAUUGCCAAACAGUUCCUUCUUUGCAACCAUUGUAUUGAGUUCUGAAGGCAAGCUUGUGUACACUGCCUGGAUCAAUAUGAUUCAAGUUCGGAAGCGGGUAGUUCAACAAAAUGAUUGUGAUGUUUAUGGUAUUUGUGGUCCUAAUGGAAGCUGUGAUUUGAAAAAUUCUCCAAUAUGUACUUGUUUGAUAGGUUUUAAGCCAAGAAACGUGGGCGAAUGGAAUAGAGAAAAUUGGACUAGUGGGUGUGUGAGAAGGGCUACACUACAAUGUGAGAGGGGGAAGUACAAUGGGAGUGCAUUAGACGGUGAAGAAGACGGGUUUCUAAAACUAGAGACGACAAAACCACCAGAUUUUGUAGAACAAUCAUAUCCUUCUCUUGAUGCUUGUCGAAUUGAGUGCUUGAAUAAUUGUUCUUGUGUUGCUUAUGCAUAUGAUAAUGGAAUCCGGUGCUUAACUUGGAGUGAUAAACUAAUUGACAUAGUCAGGUUUACAGGUGGAGGCAUUGAUCUUUACAUACGCCAAGCUUAUUCAGAAAUUAUUUUGUUAACAGCUAAACAUACAGAUACAGAUGGGAUUCAUACACAUGGCAUUCACGGGAAGAGAAAUAUUACAUCAAUCAUCAUAGCUAUAGUAAUAGUUGGAGUAAUUAUUGUUGCUACUUUGUACUUAUUUCUUUUGGUCAUCGGACAAACUCAUCAAGAGAACCAAAGUGCAAGUCCUAUUGGAGAUGUGAAACAGGUUAAAAUAGAGGACCUUCCUUUAUUUGAAUUCAAAAUUAUUUCAUCGGCAACAAAUAACUUUGGUUCGACUAAUAAGAUUGGUCAGGGUGGUUUUGGUUCGGUGUACAAGGGAGAAUUACCAGAUGGAUUAGAAGUAGCAGUGAAGAGACUUUCAAAGGCUUCGGCACAGGGGUUAGAAGAAUUUAUGAAUGAAGUGAUUGUUAUAUCAAAGCUUCAACAUCGCAAUCUUGUAAGACUUCUAGGUUGCUGCAUUGAAGGGGACGAAAAGAUGUUGGUCUAUGAGUACAUGCCUAAUAACAGUUUAGAUUUUUAUCUAUUUGACCCAGUAAAAAAGAAGGUUUUAGAUUGGAAAAAACGUUUAACCAUAAUUGAAGGAAUCUCUCGAGGUCUGCUUUAUCUUCAUAGAGAUUCAAGAUUAAGAAUAAUACAUAGAGACCUAAAGCCAAGUAAUAUCUUGUUGGAUGGAGAAUUGAAUCCAAAAAUAUCUGAUUUUGGCAUGGCUAGAAUCUUCGGAGGUAGCGAAAAUGAGGGAAAUACAAGGAGGAUUGUGGGAACAUAUGGAUAUAUGUCUCCAGAAUACGCAAUGGAGGGGUUGUUUUCAGAGAAAUCAGAUGUUUUUAGCUUUGGGGUUUUGCUCCUCGAGAUAAUAAGUGGUAGGAAGAACACAAGUUUUUAUAACCAUGAGCAAGCACUUAACCUCUUAGGAUAUGCAUGGAAACUAUGGAAUGAAGAGGAGAUUAUAUCUUUGAUAGAUCCAGAAAUAUGUAAGCCUGAUUAUGUGGAUCAGAUUUUGAGAUGCAUACAUAUUGGACUUGUUUGUGUGCAAGAAAUUGCAAAGGAGAGACCUACCAUGGCCACAUUUGUUUCAAUGCUUAAUAGUGAGAUUGUUAAACUUCCUCCUCCAUCUCAACCUGCAUUCAUUCAAAGCAAGAUUGAGCAUAGAGAAGACUUAGCUCAACAAAAUUACGACUCGAAAAACAGUGUAACUGUCACAAGCUUGCAAGGUAGAUAGAAUACAUAUGAUGUUAAAUGUGUAUCAAUGUACCUGGUAAAAAUUUCAAAUAGUAUGAAUGAAACUCAUGAUCUGUGGGAUGAUGAAACUCUUUUACUCGA